GCAUGACCACAGUGUGCUGGAACAGUCUGCAGCCUCUCAUGUAGCCCACUGCUGUGAUCGCAAACUCUCACACACACAUGCACACACACAUACACACCAAGACACACUCUACUGCUCUUCAGGGACUCUAACAGAUCACCAGAGAAAAGAAGAUUCUACUUUAGUCUUUUUCAUUUUCUUUCUUUUCUUUUCUUUUCUUUUCUUUUUCUUUUCUUUCUUUCUUUUAUUUCUUCGCUUUUUAUUGUUACCACCCUCCAACCCCUUGGCUGGGUUCAGGGGUGGUGGCACAUCCACAAAAGGGCUGCAUGAAUGACACAACGCAAAGGCGAGAAGACGACCAUCAGCAUCCAGGAGCACAUGGCCAUUGAUGUAUGUCCAGGUCCCAUUCAGCCAAUCAAGCAGAUCUCUGAUUAUUUUCCCCGUUACCCACGGGGUCUCCCCCCCACAGCCCCUCCGGCCCUCAGUCGCACCGGAUCCCUGCAGAGCACCUCUACCAGCCAGAAGUCCGAGGGCCCGGCCGCGGACCCCAGCCGGGAUGAAGAUGACCUGGACCAAGCCUUCGGAGCAACCGCUCUCGUGGCCAGCAAGAAGGACGAAGAGCCAGACGUGGAGGGCUACGAUUCAGAUGACUCCACCACACUCGGCACUUUGGACUUCAGCCUUCUGUAUGAUCAGGAGAACAAUGCCCUGCAUUGCACUAUCAACAAAGCCAAGCUCCCUGUACCCAGAUACAAAAAGGGACUCAAACCAAUGGAUCACAAUGGGCUGUCAGAUCCCUAUGUUAAGCUGCACCUGCUGCCUGGAGCCAGUAAGGCCAAUAAGCUCCGCACCAAGACCCUACGCAACACUCUCAACCCUGUCUGGAGUGAAACCCUGACAUAUUAUGGAAUAACAGAUGAAGAUAUGGUUCGCAAAACACUCAGGAUUUCAGUGUGUGAUGAGGACAAAUUCCGCCACAACGAAUUCAUUGGAGAAACCCGAAUUCCCCUGAAAAAGCUCAAACCCAACCAGACCAAGAACUUCAGCAACUGUUUGGAAAAGCAGCUUCCUAUCGACAAGACAGAUGAUAAGUCUCUGGAGGAGCGAGGGCGCAUCAUGAUCUCUCUGAAGUAUAGCUCUCAGAAGUCUGGCUUAGUGGUGGGCAUCAUCCGCUGUGCCCAUCUCGCUGCCAUGGAUGCCAAUGGUUUCUCUGACCCUUAUGUCAAAACAUAUCUCAAGCCAGAUGAGAACAAAAAAUCAAAGCACAAGACAGCAGUCAAGAAGAAGACCCUCAACCCUGAAUUCAAUGAAGAGUUUUUCUAUGAGAUCAAGUAUGCUGACCUCAGCAAGAAGACCCUGGAGGUGACUGUUUGGGACUAUGACAUUGGCAAAUCCAAUGAUUUUAUUGGUGGUGUUUCAUUAGGUAUCAAUGCCAAUGGCGAGAGGCUAAAACACUGGUUUGACUGUCUCAAAAACAAGGACAAGAAAAUCGAGCGCUGGCACACAUUAACCAAUGAACUCCCUGGUUCAGGGUACAAUGACUAAAAGUCUUCCCUUCCAGUGGUUGCACCAAUGCCCUGCCCCUUUCCUACAUGAUGUCGAUGUAAGCCCAGCCUGUGAUGGAUCAACACUCCAGCAGUCCACUGAUUUAGAGAUGGGUGCCAAUAUCCAUUCCCAACUAACACACCUGCUCAAUCUCUUGUACUUUCCCUGGUGUUGAGCUUGCAGUUUGAUUGUGUGGCUUGAUGUGGCUUUUGGGCUUAAAUAGGGGUCUUUAAUCAGCCUGUGUUUGUAAAACCUUAAUUAAAAUGCAGAGAUUUUGUUUUCACAGCCAACAGGGGAUCAGUUGUACUAUGUGUUAAAAUAUUUAAACGUACUCUACUGCUCUCUUUCUCUGUUCUGUGUUAUAUCUCUGAGGUGUAUUGAAGAAUGCUGUUUACAGAAUUUAGCUGUCAGUAAGUGUAACAUUAUGAGUACGCAUCAUGGCAGCAAAGGGGCUCUAAAAAUACAAUAAUUUACUCAAAAAUCAUGUAUUGUUUACAUCUAGAAUACAGUCCAAGUACAGUACUUUUCUGAUGUCUGUAUUAAGGCUAAAGAAAAAUUUACACAGUUAUAUUUUCCAGACAGAUGGUUGUGAUGAUUAUGGUUGUGUAGGUAAAAAAAUAUACUCACAAAAAAAGUUUUUACACCCCUUUCAUUACUAUAGGCUAGAAUAGCUUUUUUGUUUUUUGUUUUUAUAUGUACAACCUCCAAGUCCUUCUACUUGAUGAAUGUAAUUUAUUUAUCUUUAUUUAUUUUCUAUGCUAUCUCACUGGGAAUGACCAAUGUGCCAUUGACAUGAAGAGAGCACACAGGAGCUUCAAUAGCCAUUUUUCUGAAGAGAAAACAGAGCAAGCAAUCCCAGUUUAUACAGAGGACAAACUAAUGUUGAAUAGGAGCUAUUUUAAACAUGAAGACAAUGGAUUACACAGCUUUCAUCAAGAGGUUCUUGCAUGGCAGUUAUGUAUUGAUUUUUAUUAUUAUUAUUAUUAUUAAAAACCUGUGCCCCAGCCUAAUCCAUAGAUUGUGUUAUAUGUCUCUUUCAUUCUAAAUUCUAUCUUUCAAUUAGAAAAUUGACUUGUUUUGAGAUUGUUUUGAUUAAUUAAUGGAAUGUUUAUAUUAUUCUUCCUUUUAAGCAUUUUAAAGAGUUGUAUUAUUUUGACCAAAUAUAUUUUUUUAAACCAUUUUGCAUUUUUGUUUUAAUUUUGUGUACAUGUUUUAUCAAGUUGUGUUUUGUGGCAUUUAUAUUAUAACCAAUGUAUUUUAACCUUUUUGUGUUAUUGCAUAUUUAGCAUGCCGUUGGUGGGUAUAUUAGAUGUAUUACUAUAUGUUUAAUAAUUUAUCUUUAAUUUUAUUUUGCUUAAGCUAGGAUUUUAUUUUUUAAGCCACACUCUGGAUUGCAGAAAAGACUUAAAAUGGUGGCCAUUUAUUAAACCCAAAAUGCAGAACACCUGUGUACAACCCUAUGAUUGAGAAACCUUAUAUCUCUGGAAACAUUCAUUGUAAAAGCCACUCCUGUGACAUUUUUUUUUGUAAUCUUCUUGCUUUUGUAUACAAACUCUAUGGCAUAACAGUGCAUGCAAUGUUCUUGGGCUGUCAUUAAAAUAACUUUGCUUAAUGUUUGAUACUGCUGUUCUCCUCUGUAAAAAGAGAGUUCCUGCUCUUGAAUGCUACAAGAAUGUCACCGUUCCUUCUCGGACAGUUUUUGUACUUUUGAGCGCUAUUGCAUUACCCGUCAGGUCGCUCUAUUGACUGGACAUGUGACUGCAUGUUACAAAAAAAUAAAUUUUGUCUUGUUUUGAUCAUUUUUAACUCUCAGGCAGUUGUUUGCAUAUUAUAGUGGUUCUCAGACGAAGUCAAAAUAUUUCUCCUCCUGGUUCACCUUAAUCUUGCACCGAUUGGCCGAAUUAUCGUGCCUUUUCUUUUGUAACUGUGUUUUUUGCACCGCUCACUUUACAGAGAUUCCUAGAUUGAUAUUAGCUUUUAAUAUGGAAACAAUAUUAUACAUAUGGCAUAGUUAUAUUCUUGUCGGUGUUACACUGUGUCUGUUGGAACAUUGUGUCUCUCUUGGAAUAUGCCUUUUAAAGACACAUUAUGGGUAUUCUUACACUGUGUGAUAGUGCUGUGGAUGGCAGGGGUGCAAGACUUAGGUGGAGGAUGCUCAUUUAACUUCAGAUUCUGGGAUCUAGUAGUGUUAAACAUUAAAAAGAAAAUGAUUUCAGCACUGUUAGCUGCCCUCACUCACUGUAAAUCUUAAAUUAUUCAUACUUUUAUUUUAACUUAAAAUGUUCAUGUUUAUUUUAACCAUGUUUAUCAGAUCUAUAACCUCUUAUGAUCAUAAAAUAAUGACAAGAGGUUGGUCAUUCAUAUCCAUUUUCUUGCAUGUUACAAUUCUUUUACUAAUAAAAUAUGUUGUUGGGUUAUAGGAAUAUCAUGAACUAUAAAAGACAGCUUCAGUAUAUUGCUGUCAGACACCAGAAUCUGUUGUUUACUUUGAUUUUUGUCCUAUUUCAAAAAUGUUCAAGUAUUAUAUCUAGAGUGUGUUUUUUACUAUGGGGAAUGAUAUUUGCUAUUUACAUGUUCAGAACUGGAAACCCAUAUCAAAUAAAGUAUGGAAA